GUCUCUAGUUCGACACUAGAAACUGUGGCGGAGGGCAGAAUUGUCACUUCAUCUUGUGGAGCAACAACCCAGCAGCAAAAGGCAGCACCAUGUUUGCAGAGGUUCUGUUAGCCCUGGUGAUGGGAGGAGUGAUCUACUUCCUGGUGCAGAGGAGUAAGAGGCAUCAGCUGAAGAGUGAGGAUGGCUGGUGGGGGGAGGGGACUCCCGUGGACGGGGAAGAAGAUCUCAGCAUUCGCCACUACACAGUCCGGACGGAUGAUGAAGAGUUGGAGGACCUGUACAGGAGAAUAGACCAGACCCGAUCCUUCCCCUCUCUAGAGGACAGCCAGUUCAACUACGGCUUCAACUCCCACUAUCUGCAGAAGGUGGUCACCUACUGGAGACAUGACUUUGAUUGGAGGAGACAGGUGGAGAAACUGAACAAAUACCCACAUUACAAAACUAACAUCGAAGGCAUUGACGUCCACUACGUCCAUGUGCGGCCCAAGAACCUCCCUGAGGGCGUGACUGCUGUGCCUCUGCUCAUGGUGCACGGCUGGCCAGGCUCUUUCUACGAGUUCUACAGGAUGAUACCCCUCCUGACUGAACCCUCCAACCCAGACGACAUCGUGUUUGAGGUGGUGUGUCCUUCCAUCCCUGGGUACGGCUUCUCUGAGGCUCCACAUAAGAAAGGUUUUGACUCGGUGUGUGCGGCCCGUGUUUUCCACAAGCUGAUGAAGAGACUGGGCUUCCAACAGUUCUAUGCUCAUGGAGGAGACUGGGGAUGGAUCGUCACCACCAACAUGGCCCAGCUGGAGCCCAAAAUAAUCAAAGGCUUGCAUCUCAACUUUGCUCCCCCCUCCAAGCCGGGCCUGCCCAUGGUUCUGUCUAUAAUGCUGGGCCGCAGUUUCCCCAAGCUGUUUGGCUUCAACGAGCAUGACAUCCAGCGCAUCUACCCCGUUGUGCAGAACCUAGUGGUGGAGUCUGUCAAGGAGUCAGGAUACAUGCACAUCCAGGCCACCAAGCCUGACACUGUGGGUCGAGGGUUGAAUGAUUCUCCGGUGGGUCUUGCUGCCUAUAUCUUGGAGAAGUUUUCCACCUGGACUGACCAUGACUUCAGGAACCUGGAUGAUGGAGGACUUACGAGGAAGUUCAGUCUGGAUGACCUGCUGACCAACGUGAUGAUCUACUGGACAUCUGGCUGCAUCAUCUCCUCCAUGCGCUUCUACAAGGAGAACUUCAGCAAGGGUCUUGACCAGCCACACUCAAAGAUGCCAGUGCAUGUGCCCACCGGUUUUGCCUGCUUCCCCAACGAGCUGAUGCACACCCCCAAGCUGUGGGUGCAGCAGAAAUACCGCGAGCUGAAGACCUUCACGCCCAUGGCCCGAGGAGGACACUUCGCCGCCAUGGAGGAGCCAGAACUCAUGGCCCAGGACAUCCAGAACUUCACCAAGAUGCAGGAGAAGAGGAGGAAGUGAUUGCCGCUCUGCACAUCUGCCUUUCCUGUUUACCAAACAGCACCAGAUGCUAGGUCAGCAAGCACUGGUAUUAUGAUAGCACUGACAUGUGCCAGAAGCUACUUACUGAUAAGCCCAUAGAGAGAGAAACCUCUGCCAUAGCUGCCUUUUUACACACAUCAGCAAAUAAUACUAGCCAUGUCACAGAUCUGUUUGUGCUGUUUUGGCAUGACAAUGCCCAUAUGACAGUCCGUCCAGGAUUCUGCGAUCACAACUCUAUAUUAUGCGAGGGCUUGCAAAUUUGACCAAUCACCGCACUAUUUCUGCUUAAAACAGUAAAAUCAUUGCAAUAUUAUCAUCGCAUAAAUCUGACCCAUCACCGCAGCACAAAAAGAGAGCUUGCAAUUUCAACCAAUCACCGCACGUUUGCCGCAUAAUAUAUUUAAAUCAAGCCACACGUCAACAAACUUUUCCCCUCGUCAGCGCAUUUCCGUGACAAAUUGGACAAAAUCAUUGCAAAAUGUCAGAAUUGCUGCAGCAAAAUCAAGCAUUUUUUACCGCAAAUAUCGCAAAAACUCCAGAUGAAGUCCUGGAGGAAUGAUAUGAGGUGGCAAGACUGCACAAACAGAUCUGGGACCAGGCUAAUGUAAUACAGUAAAGCCUCCCAAUGACUACUGCCAAUGAGGUGUGGAAGAUAAGUGUUCAACAACUUACUCUCUAGUUAGGAAAUUAUCCAUGGACCAGUUGAUAAGAGUGAAUAGAAGACAAUUUAGUUUAGGUUGUUCCUGAAUCAUUGUUAAGCAGGAGAGCACAGGCAGUUAUACGUUUAGAUUACUGGCAUAGUCUAGCCCCGAGUGGUUAUCAAAUGAUGCAUAACAUUUCAGGUGAUAUGUUUUUUAAAUUAUUUUUUGCAAUAGUUGCCAGAGACUGAAAUGUGUAUUUUAUUCUGAUCACCUGUUCUGUUAUUAUUUACUCAAGUUAUUUACAAUGUUAUAGCAUUCCAUAAAUAGCACUGUAUUUAUUUCAGACACUAAUCUCCUGAUCUAUAUAUAUUUUUGGGACAAAUUAUAUU